CAUAGUGAUAAAAUUGAUCAUCCCACAUAUUACUACAACAAAGCAUAAUGGAUGACUUGUUUAAGCCCCUGGAAGCUCUCUCACUGAAUAAUGUUGAGGUAACAGGAAAAGAGUUAGGCCGUGGAGCUUAUGGUGUCAUCUUGGAAGUCAAAGUUAGUGGUCUCUCUUGUGCUGGAAAGAAACUCCAUAAUGUUAUAGCUGAAACAUUUUUAGUGAAAAACUUUGUGCAGGAGUGUGUAAAUCAUAGCCAACUUCGUCACCCAAACAUUGUACAGUUGCUGGGCGUAUAUUUUCCUCCUGAUUCUUCUAUUCCUAUACUUGUGAUGGAGCGUCUUCAAGUAUCGCUUGCUCAAUACUUAGAUGAUGCUAAUUUGCCACUUAAAGUGAAAUAUGAUAUUCUGCUUGAUGUUGCUAAUGGUUUGAAUUAUUUGCACAACAGAACACCACCUAUUAUUCAUCGAGAUCUCACUGCUCAAAACAUAUUGCUCACAAAAUCAUUCAGUGCUAAAAUAUCAGAUCUUGGUGUGUCCAAGAUUGUUGAUUUUACUAGGCCGCGCAGUCACACACUUGUACCUGGUAAUCCUAUUGUCAUGCCUCCUGAAGCAUAUCUUCCGAAUAAAACUUAUGAUUUCAAAUUUGAUGUCUUUUCAUAUGGUUGUCUUCUAUUACAUAUAUUUAAUCAAGAUCCCCCUGUUCCUGUAAACCAAUUGCCUAGUGAUCCUUUGACUGAAUGGCAAAGAAGAUUUUCACAUGUCGCAAGAAUGGGAAGACAUCAUCCAUUGUUACCAAUAGUAAAAAAUUGCCUUGAAAAUGAUCCUGCUAUGAGGCCCAAUAUGAGCUACAUUAUUCGUGUUAUUCAAGCUACAGCAUAUACUUCACCUGAUGAUGCCUCAAGUGGUAAUUAUCUUGACGAUACUCAUGAAAGAAUCUUAGAUAAACUUGAAAAACAAAAAUUAGGUACACAAGUAAGUUACAGAUACAAAAACUAUGAUGAUGAUUUUGCUGAUGUAACUGCCCGUAUUAAGUCUACAGAAGAAAGACUUUCAUUCUCAUGUGAAGACAUUAGGGAUGCUGUUAGUUCAGAAAGAAAGGAAAGUCCAGGAAACAAAAAAAUAAAAUUUAAUAAGUGGAAUUUUUCUCUGCAAGAAGCUGUGCCAGGUUCAGCCCCUGUAUCAAGAAAAAAAAUUGCAAAAAAGACUCCUGAUGCUCAAGAAAAUAGGCCACAGUCUAUGAUGGCAAGCUUCACCGUUGAAAAGAAACCACCGCCUCUCCCACCUCGAGUUUCACAAAAUCAUAGUUCAAAAUUUACCCGACCAUCAUCUCCUUUAAUUUCAAAUCAUUGGGGUGUGGACUCAGGUCCCUUACCAACUACACACAGCUCAUGUUUUGAAAUACAUACACCUCCAACACCUAAAAAAUUUACAUUUUCUCCAGUUUUGCCAAAAAAGAGCUUAGCUCAGUCAAUGGGACAACCUGCACAGACAUCAGUUUAUUCAUCCCCAUCACAGUGCUCGCCAACAUCUGAAUGCUCAAAUGUAUCUUACAGAGAACGAUCUCAAAAUGUAUCAGGCAUUAGAACUUCACCCCAUAAAUGCGCACAACCGCUGUUAAUAAAGCACAAAAGUUUACCGUCUCAUUCAGUUACUCAGUCUGUCAAGCAUGAAAGUUUAUGUUUUUCUCAUGCUCAUGAAAAUGCAUUUGGUGAAGUCACUCUAUUGCCUCCUCCAAGUUCACGAAAACAUGAUGGAAAAGAUGAUCCUGACUCAAUACCUAUUUCUAAUCCUAAAUCAAUGGAGUUGUCAAGAAAUUCUCUGACCCAUGAAUGGUACUACCACAACAUCAGUAACACUAUAGCAAAAGGGAUCCUAAUGGAAAGGGAGAAGAAGAAUGGAACUUUUAUUGUUGGCUCAAAUUCUACUGGGGAGUAUUUCUUGUCAGUGUAUUUUGAGAAAACAAUAAGUCAUAUAAGGAUAUACAGGGACACAAAUGGAUAUUACUCACUAGACACCAUGCAUUUAUAUUGUGAUAAAGACAAGAGUUUUGCUAGUCUUGAUGAACUUGUGACCUUCUAUAGAAUGAAUCCUUUAGUUAUAAAUGGGAAACUAAUUGAAUUACAUUACUAAAAUGCUAAUAUAAAUAAGUUGUGUGUGAAAUUGACUAAUAGAGCACUACUGCAGUACUGCUGGUUUUUUAAUUUUUUUUCAUAAAUAUUAUUAGUUCAUGUGAAUGCACAUGCACCAUAACACAA